UCCAAUAUACAGUUAAUGGAAGGUGUUCGAUGAGUCAGAAACGAACUCGUUUUUGAAAAGAAUUGUACUUUUUAAAACUUGCUUUUGUUUGUUUCAUGUUAGUUUCAUCUCUAUUUAAUGUCUUUCAGGGAGAAGCCAAAUCAAGAAGCCAAAUCAACAACAAUGAAUUUAAAUGAAUUUGUGGUCCUUCCCAACAAGCCCAAAUCCAUAAAGCUAAAUGUCAGGAAUUUGCAUGAGCUGCGUAUGGAGACAGCACAGCUCACUCAGGAUAACAAGGACACAGAGGGCCGCCUGCAGCAACUCAGAGAGGUCAUGAGCUGUGAGAAAGAGGAGAGAGUGAAGAAUGAUGCUCUUCACUGGAAAUCUGCUCAGACCCAAGAUGGGACAAGGGACAAAGAGAAAAAGCUGAACAAAAAUUCCCACAGCAAGAUAAAAAUAAGAGCACUGAAGGAUGAGCCUCUGCUAGUUGAAAGGGUGCCAGAGCCUCCACCUUCAAAGGAUGGACAGAGCAGAAAAUCCAGGCUGAAAAGAAAGGCAUGUGGCCAGUGUGAAGCUCAAACCGCUGGACUGGUGUGUGCAGAAUGCGCAGAGAAUUACUGUGUUGGCUGCUUUGCCAAAUUCCACCAAAAGGGGGCUCUAAGGUUCCAUCAUAUCAUUCCCAUGCAGGUUGAGCUCCAUACCUCUAUCAGCACAGUGGAUGUGGUGAAUCAUUUUCAGAAGAAGAUUCAAAGUGAAGAGGAAGACAUUUGUUCGAAUCAUGGUGGUGAUGGGGGAACAGAUACAGAAUGCAGAGCAACAUCUACACAUCUCCAGCCUGUUUCUGAUAAUCAGAUGCACAGCACACGAGUGUUGUUUGUGAAUGAUACGGAUGAGAAGAAUGAAGACUCUUUAUUGAGAAGCAAUUUUAAUGAAGUGGAAUCUCCCAGAAGUUUUCAGCAGGCUCUGAAUGAGUGGAGAGCAGGAAGCACACAUGGCACCAGGGAAGAUCAUGAACUCAAACACAAUGUUCAAACUGCUCAACCAGUAAGCAUGGAGGUGAUGGGGACCCAAGCUGGAGGAAGAACUCCCAUAUGCAUUGAGUUUAGGGAUCAUGGACUAAGCUACAUGGAAAGGCUGCUGCUGAAGAAACACCGUAGAUCAGGACGGCUCUCUUUAUAAAUUACUGCCCUAAGAGAUGCUAAAUAGUCUCACUUAACUUCCUGGGCUUUACUUAAGAUAGACAGUUAAUGAUUUUCCCUAGGUUUAAAAAUCUCCCUGAACCCUUGAGACAGUAUUCCUUCAGGAAUGGAAAUCAAACCUGUAACAGUGUUCUUUGAUGCUGCAUUGAUGCUAAUACAUUAUGAAUUAGGGCAGAACUGGAAGGUAUAACUCCAACAUGAAGGCUUUUCUUGAGAUAUGGAAUGUGAUUUUGCUCUUGCUCAUCUCCCUACUUCACAUACUUUUUCCACUCACAGCUAUGUAAUAGCUGGAUCAUUUUCCUCAAUAAAUAA